UUUUUAUUUUUAUUUUAUACAAAUAUUUAUUUUUUUUUUAGUGUUCUUACUUUCACAUAUGACCGCUAAACUUUCAUUUAGCUCUGUAUUUAACGAAGUAUUAUCCAAUAUACCUAAAGGGAAAGGGAAAGGCAAAGCCCAACCUGUCAACCUUUUAUUUUCAAGGGACACUGAUAAUAAGCAAGAAUGUUCUGUUGAAAACUUUUGUGAUCUUGUAAAAAAAUACAAAAAAGAUCAUAUUGAAAAUAAAGAAUUACCUCGCGUCAGCUUUGGAAGUGAUAUAGAAUUCAACUUGCCAAAAAAGUUAUUUAAUAAACCGACAUUAGUGAAUGCAAGAGAAAAUGACAUUGUUAAAGAGGAUGUUACUCCAAAGAUCUCGGUCAACCCAGCCUCUUCUUUUAAAACUACUGCUAUUUAUGACCACAAGCAAAACAAGUGGUUGACAAUAAUAAAGAACUCACUUUGGACGAGCGUCAAUUAUGUGGAGACAUCUUUACCAUUAUUCGAUCUGGUGAUAGUGAUGACAGUAUUCAAAACACACUUAUUGAACUAUUAGGAUAUGAUGCUUUUGAUUUCAUUGCAGAGCUUAUCUCGAAUCGAUCAACGAUUGUUCAUAAUAUUAUGCGAAUGUCAGAUUAU